AUGAAGCAGGAACUGAAAAGAAAGUAUCUCCCACCCUCAUACUACCCUAGACUCUUAGAUCGUUGGAAUAGGUUAACCCAAGGAAGUAAACCCGUUAAGGAAUACAUAUCAACCAUUGAUGAUUUCUUAGUUCGUUGCAACGGGGAGGAGACCAACACUCCUACACAACUUCUGUCCAUGUUCAGAGCCGGAUUGAGAGAAAAUCUUAGAAAUGAAUUCUUUGCUAGAGGAGUGAAUACGAAUGAAGCUGCCUGUAGUCUUGUACUAGACUUGGAAGAGUCUAGGAGCCACGCCACUAGGACUCAAGACUCUAGACCCAACCCAUUCAAGUCUUCCUCUAGCCAACCUUACAACAAGCCCACUGGACCCUCAAGUAGUCGACCUUCCCCUAAUCAAACCCAACCUCGAACAGACUACAAAGGAAAAACACCUGAACGGGAGACACCCAAAACCACUGCCGGCACUAAGUGUUUUAGAUGUCAUGGGUACGGACACAUUGUCUCUCAGUAUUCCAGCCCGUUUAAGGUCACGAUAAUUGAGGAAGUGAUAGAAGAAGAGGAUGAACCUGAAGCUGAAUUAGUGCACCAUAUGGACGACGAUGAGGAGUUUUUCAAUGAGGAUACUGCUGUGAUACACUGUCUUCAAAAGAUGAAUCACUUAGAUCUGCAAGUCAUUAGGUGUGCCUUCUCGCAGCCUAAACCUAGUGACGACUGGCGAAGGAUCUCGAUCUUCUACACUUUCACUAAAAUAGGAGACAAGAAUUGUAAGGUCAUAAUAGACAGUGGAAGUUGUAUUAACGCUGUGUCUUCUGUUAUGAUCUCGAAGCUUCAAUUGAGGACCACACCACACCCGAACCCCUACAAAAUUGCAUGGAUCAACUCAACCACCUUGGAGGUAAAAGAUAGGAGUCUCGUUCCUAUUGAGUUCGUUGGAUAUAACGAGAAAAUUUGGUGCGAUGUUUUGACAAUGGAUGUGGGUCAAAUCAUUCUUGGCCGCCCUUGGUUGUUCGACAAUGAUGUACACAUUUAUGGACGAUCGAACACCUGUGUGUUUGAACACGAGGGCAAGAAGAUUAAACUCUUACCCACUCAACCUAAGUCUACCAAGGAAGAAGUUAAGCCCAACUCCCUGAAACCCAACACGAGCUUGAAUUUAUUAACUGCUAAAGACCUAGGUUUGGAACUAGAGUUGGAAGCCCCUCUUUACGCGUUAGUAGCCCGGGAAGUGAGUGUAGAUCAAGCAGAACCAAUCCCUGAGGAAGUAAGACCACUUUUGGAAACUUUUUUUGAUGUCUUCCCUGAAGAUUUGCCCUCCCAACUGUCACCUCUAAGGGACAUUCAACAUGCCAUAGACCUAGUGCCGGGAGCUUCUUUACCAAACCUACCCCAUUACCGAAUGAACCCUACUGAACAUGAGGAGCUCAAGAAACAAGUGGAUGAGUUGUUAUAA